AUGCUUCCGAGGGAGGCACAGCGGGCACUUGGCAGCUGGGAACCAGUAAGCUCCCGUAUCAUCACAGCCAAGUUUGCCACAGGGGAAAGCAAAAUCCACCUGAACGUCAUCCAGUGCUACGCACCCGCAAACGACGCUGAGGAGGAGAAGAAAGAUGAUGUCUACCAUCAGCUAGAAACAGUGCUGUAUGAAACAAGACAGAGAGACAUCACAGUUCUCAAAGGAGACUUCAAUGCAAAGAUAAGAUCCGACAAUACUAACUACGAAAGAAUCAUGGGGGGAGAGACCAUCAAGGAAGUGGAGUCUGUUGUGUACCUGAGGAGUGUGAUGGACCAGCAUGGAGGCACGGAACAGGAUGUCUCAGCCAGGAUGGGCAAGGCAAGAACAGCCUUUGUCAUGCUGAAAAACAUCUGGGCCUCCAGGGAAAUCCACAUGGACACCAAGGCGCAUCUACGGCAUCAGAUGGCCAGAGAAGAUCCGAAAUGCAUUAAUGAAGAUCUGUGGAGCAGGGCUGGACAGGAACCGGUUGCCAUACAGAUCCUGAGAAGGAAGUGGAGCUGGAUCCGGUAUACCAUCAGAAAGCCAGCUUACAGCACCAACAGGCAAGCUCUGUCCUGGAACCUCAGAUGGAAAAGAAGGAGGGGCCGUCCCAGAAACUCUUGGAGGCAAGACACGGAGAGGGGGCUGUCUGAAAUUGGAAUGCGCUGGAAGGAAAUUGAGAGAGAAGCCCAGAACAGAGCUAGAUGGAGGGAAAUCGUCGCGGUGGCCUUUGCUCCACACGGGGCCAAGUGCCAAGACUAG